GCCAAACUAUUUCUGAGUUGUUUGCGGCAACUCGGUAUAAAAUCAUCCGGUUCUGAUAGAUAAGAGCAUUCAUAUAAUGCGCGACUUAUAAGUUUUGAACAAACAUUAUCGAAAAUAUAAAAAUUUUAUUGUCUACUGUGAAAAUAGUAUGCGUAGAUUGAGUAUGAAAACCAAGCGUAGCAAAUCUGAAACUAGUGAUAGCAGUAUCGAGGAAAAUGGCGUCCGACGUUUAAGCAUAUCCGACAACAACGACGAAAUGAAAAAGGGAAAGGAGAAUAAGAAUACAGAAUCGCCACGCAGAAGUACAGCGAAAAAACGUUCAUCUCGCAGUCGUCAUAGUCAAAAAGAAACAACUGAGGAUUCUGCCGUGAAGCCUGAAGUAGAAGAUACUCAAGCUGUAGAUACAGAAGAAGAAAAUAAGAAUGUCGGGAAGGCUGGACCUAGUAAGAGACUUAAAAAAGAGGGAUCUUCCUUAACAAAACAGGAAGGAAACAAUGAAAAAGAGUAUGAGGUAGAAAAAAUUGUGGGUCAACGUACAAUCAAAGGUCGGCGUCAAUUUUUAGUCAGAUGGAAGGGAUAUGAUGCAGAUUCUGAUACAUGGGAACAAGAAAAAGAUCUAAACUGUUUAGAAUUAAUAGAAGAGUUUUUAGCUGAAAAUGCUGAAAAUGAAGAAGACCCUAAAUCUAAGCAAUUAGAUAAUUCUACAAAGUCACCUAAAGUUAAAGCUGUAAAAGUGGACAAAAAAUCUAAAAAGCUUAAAAAUAAUGUUAAAAAACAAACAGAAAAUGGUAAACAAAUAGUAACAUCAGAUGAAGAAAAAAGUGGGAAAGAUGAUCAAAAAGAAUUUGAGGUGGAAAAGAUUAUAGAAGUACAUUUUAAAAAGAAUAAAACAAGGGAAUUUUUAAUUCGUUGGAAAGGAUUUACAUCAGCAGAUGAUACAUGGGAACCAGAAGAAAACUUAAAUUGUCCAGAACUAAUUACUAAGUUUAUGCAAAAAGUAGAAAAAGCCAAAACUACAGAAGCACGUGAACUUAGAGCAAAUCGUCCUCAUACGAAAAGAUAUACACUGACUACACAUGAGCCUGGAAGAAGACUAUCUCGACGAAAUAUGGACAAACAAAGAGCUACUUAUCACGAGUGUGAUGAAUAAAUGAUUGCAGAACAGCAUGAUUACAUACAUAUAUGUGAUUUGCUUUUUCAAGAAAUAUCAAGAUAAUAUAACAAUUAACAGUAUAAUGACAUGAUGAGGAAUAAUUAAAAAAUAUAUAUCUUUUGCUUUCUCAGUUUUCGAUUCGCGAUAAUAAAUAAGAGUAAAUUGUCCGUUCAUUUAUUAUGUUGUAUUAUUAUGUCUGUUUCAUUUAUUUUACAUACAAUAAAUUGUAAUAACGACGUGCGUCGCUCAUGUGCUAACGCAAUUUAAUAUUUGGCAGUUUUUCUGCAAUCUUGUUUAUUUUAUGCUUUGAGAGGAUUAAAAACUACUAAUGUAUGCAUUAGAUAUGCAUUAGGAGUGUACAAUGCUGUCCGCGAAAGUAUAUAUUGCUCUAUCAGCCUUGGAUAGAGGGCUCACGGAGUACUGUCGAUAUUGGGUUAUUAUCGAUGGUUAUACAGGUAUUGAAUAAAAUAAUGGAAGCACCUCUUACAUGUUGUAUGCAUAUAUGGAAUAUAUGACAUAUAAGAGGUGUUUCCAUUAUUUUGUCUAACCUUUUUAGUUAUCUAUACUCGUAUUGAGUCUCUGUAUUUCACCCACUUUCGUUGUAUUUUUUUUGCUCGCUUGAAUGCUUGUCUGGACAUCUAUCUGUCCCGAUAAGUGUCUAGAUAGAGUUCUGAAAUAUAAAUAUACUGACGGAUGGUAUUAUACUAUGUAAAUGUAUUAUGUAUUAUAUGAAGAUUAUGUUGUCAGAAAGCAAAAGAUUUUUUCAGUCUCUAAAAAGUUAACAGAACCUAAAACAUGUAUGACAAACAUGUAUGUUAUAUGAAUUUAAUAUCAAACAUCAUUAAUGCCACAAUUGUUUUGUAUUUCGCUCAAUACAUUAUAUAUAUUAAUAAAUUCAUUAAUAUUCUUUGUUACGUACAUAAGAAUAAAAUAUUUUAAGAUUAUGACGAAAUUAAGAAAAAUAUAUUAGUAAUGAAUGAUAUUUUAUCCAUUUUGUAUGAAAUUCAUUAUUUUGUUCUAUUAUGUAUACAAUAUAAUUAUGAAUCAAGAUAUAUAGAUAUAAAGUUCAUCCAUAAUUUGUAGUUUAGAAUAGGUAUAGUGUAUGGGCCAAGACUAGCUAGGUCGAAAAUUAAUCCAUCGCGAAAGAUCUUUGACUAUUUAAGGUCGUACGCAAUAAGUAGUAAGUACAUGCUUACAUUAUGCAGUAUUGUCUCGUUAAUAUCUUGAUGCAUUUCUUGCUUUCCGAUAGUAGACACAGAGUCCCACUCUUCCAUCAUUUCCUAAAACUUUGUUAUCGCUUACUCUCCAUCAGCGAUAUUUUAGCGAACAAUGAGUUAUCAAAAUUAAAGAAAUAGAAUUUUUGUAUCUUUUUCUUUGCAAUUAGUAUUUCCCAUAUUAGUGCGCGACAUGAUUCCGAAUAUACAUGUGCUAACGAGCCAAUACUGCAUUCUGUUUUAUGUAUGUUUCCCAUAAUAAAAAAAUUUGUAUUCAGUGGAAUCAAGAACGAAAUUACAUUUACAAAUCUAAGAUUUGUAUUUCAAUAUUGUACAAAAAGAACAUUAACUUUGCAUUAAAAGUUUUCUAGUACGACCUUGCUCGAAUGUAUUUCUAUUAAUUCAUUUGUCUCAACAUCCGCGUCUCAAUAAUUUCAUUCAUAAUUGAUAUUUAAUGACCUCGCUAUCGUGUUCCUCCUAUACCAAAAAAUCAUGAUUUAUGAACUGUAAUUAUAAAAAGUAUUAAUCCUACUAUUGUAGAUAUUGUAUUUGAUAAAUUUUAUUAUUUUUAGAUGUUUUCAUAACAUACUCGUGGCCCAUGCCACAUCUGUAAACAAAACAGAAAGUAAACUCAUGUAAUAGAUUCAAAUGUUUUAUUUUGCAUUUUCGAUAUUCUUGUCAAUAAAUAACAAAUGAACCUUUUUUAAUA